GCCCGCAGGCCGCAGCCACCCGUCGCGGCGACGCACGCCGCCGCCCGCCGGCUCACGCGCCCGUUCUCCUACUCCAGCCGCCGUAGCCCUCCAAAUCCCAUAUCGCGAGAGCAAAGCACCCUCGAGCGCCGACGACCUCCGGCCGGCGUCGCGUCCAUCUCACCAGCGGAGACCGGGGUCCGAGCACCACCACCACCUCCGGGCCCAGCCGCAGCAGCACAGGAGCAGAACCCACGCCGCGAGAAGACCAUGUGGCGCCGCGGAGCCGGACUGCUCCGUCCCCACCUCGCCGCCGCCUCCGUCGGCCGUCGCGUGCGGCGGCCCCCCGCGCCCCUUGUACCCGCCGUUCCGUCUUCUACCGCCUCUUCCUCCUGCCGCCAGAUUCUUGGAAUCUUCCGGUGCUCCAUCGGGGCGCCCUCUCGGUGCCUGUCGAACCAGGCGGGCGGCGGCGGCGGCGCCUGCUGGAGCUGCGGCGCGACGGGGGCGUUCCUGUCGUGCGGGUCCUGCGGGAGCGUGCAGCCCGUCGACCCCGCCGUCGACUACUUCCAGAUCUUUGGCCUAAACAGAGAAUACAACAUAAAGGAUAAUAACUUGGAAGGGAGGUACAAGGAAUGGCAGAAGAAGUUACAUCCUGACCUGGUUCACUCGAAAUCUGAGAAAGAGAGAGCCUAUGCUGCGGAGCAAUCAGCGCUUGUUAUUGAUGCGUAUCGCACACUUAGCAAACCUUUAUCAAGGGCAUUAUACUUGUUAAAACUUGAGGGAAUACAUGUAGAUGAAGAAAAAACUAUCAAUGACCCAGAACUUCUUAUGGAGAUGAUGGAGAUACGUGAAGCUGUUAAUGAUGCCAGUGAUUCUCAAACCCUGGAGAAGAUCCAAUCUCAGGUUAAGAAAAAGCUCGAAACCUGGUCUCGUUCUUUCCAGGAUGCAUUUGACAAGAAGGAUUUUGACCGCGCAAUAGAAGCAACACAGAGGAUGAGGUACUAUGAACGUGCAGUGGAAGAAACAGUAAAGAAGCUCUGAUCUUCAAUUAUAAUUGUCAAAGAUGGAGAGGCUUGGAAAUUUUCCGUACAUUCCUUGCACUCCACGCAUAUAUUAUGGUACUUUUUUCAUGGGAAGAGUGGUACAAAGUAGAAGGUCAUUUCACUCGUAACUCCCACAAUUCCAAAUGCAUCCAUGGCUGUCCUCAGAUAUUAAUAUUUUUUCUCUUUUUUGGGGUAGAUAGAGAUUUAGAAUAAGUCCUUGUUGCAAUAAAUUUAGAGACUUAGUGGCAACACCUAGCAUUUAUGGAUGUAUUUUGCUUGACUGCAAAUGCACCACAGCUGGUUAUGCGAAUCAGAUGUCCUGCUGCUUUUUUCUU